UCACUCCUCCAUGCAAUAAUCUCUAUUCUUCUCUCCUCUCCUUGGCCUUUUAAUUCAAUCCUCCAUCGCCACCCCAUCCUCGAUCGAUUGGCCUGCAGGUAGAUAGCCAUGGCUGAACCCAGCUUAACUCCCGAUGUAGAGGUCAACGAGUGCUUCACCGAGUUAUACAAAUCCAGCGAGCAGAACAUCACUCUUAAGGUUGGGCCAUGGGGAGGCAACGGGCAAAACUUUGACAUUAUAAGUGACUCCCAAUUAAUCACAAAGGUUGUAGUCAAAUCAGGAGAUGUCGUCGACUAUUUGGAGAUCUUCUAUUCUGUGGGCGGUAAUUCAGUGACAUCAUACUCAGCAGGCGGCAGUGGCGGUGAUUCCACCAAUAAGAUUCCACUAGACGAAGGUGAAUAUAUCAAUUGGAUCUCUGGGUCCGUCAUUAAUGAUUACAACAGCCAAACUUGUAUCACUCAGCUUGGAUUUAAAACCAACCGGGGGAACGAGUAUGGGCCUUUUGGCAAUAAAGAAGGUAGCGACGGGACGGGGUUCACUAUUCCAUUCGUUGACGGUCGAAUUGUUGGAUUCUUUGGCGUGUCCGGCAAGUAUAUAAAUGCGAUCGGAGUCUAUGCGGCUCCUAAUUAAUUGGCCAUCUAUUGAGCUGAGUCAAUAUAUAUAUAUCAUCCAUUAUAUUCUGGCUUGGCUUCUUCGCUUUGCUUCAUAUAUCGUGAGAGCUAAUAAUGUUUUAAAUAAAUAAAUUUGGUAGUUAAUUGUGUUUUAAAAUAAAAUGGAUGAUAUCAGUCAAUUUAUGUAUGUUUUGCAUGUUUGCAAGCUAGCUACGUACGUAUAUACUAGCUAGCUAGCUAGUUUCAUUUGCUCUAAUAAAUUGUGUUGUUUUUCUCA